AUGAGGGAGAAAGACAUGCCGUACUCGGAGACAACACCUCUGCUGGAGGUCCACGUCGCUCCUCAGCGACAUCGAUACCCACAUCAUGUCCUCCGUCGAGCUUGUACUAUCUCCCUUGGAGCUUUACUUGUUUUGGCAACAACUUUGUUCCUGAUCCCCACCGCCAUCUUGCCUCGGGAGCAUGGCUCAAUCUGGUCUUAUCUCCCAUGGUCUCAUCCAAUUCCUCAUGACGCAUGGCCAGAAAGUUAUGGUCUUCCGUACGAUCAGCUCCAGCAGAUCCUCCUCAAUGUUCCCUCUGCGGCCAAGGCUCGUGAGUGGAGCAACUACUAUACUGCGGGACCGCACUUGGCGGGUAAGAACCUGUCCCAAGCUCUUUGGACAAUGGAGAAGUGGAAGGAGUUUGGUGUUGAAGAUACCAGUCUCGCCACUUACGAUAUCUACCUCAAUUACCCGGUUGACCACCGCUUGGCUCUGCUGAAGCAGUCGGAUGAUAAGACCGAGGUUACCUUUGAGGCUACAUUAGAGGAAGAUGUCUUGGAAGAGGAUCCCACUUCCAGUCUGCCCGACCGUGUCCCAGCCUUCCAUGGCUAUUCCGCUAGUGGCAAUGUGACCGCCCAGUAUGUGUAUGUUAACUUCGGCACAUACGCGGACUACGAGGAUCUUGUCAAUUCCAACAUCACCUUGGAGGGUAAGAUUGCGAUUGCCAAGUAUGGUCGUAACUUCCGUGGCUUAAAGGUGAAGCGUGCACAGGAACUUGGAAUGGUCGGUGUUGUUAUCUACUCUGACCCUCAGGAGGACGGAGAGAUCACUGAAGAAAACGGCUACGAGGCGUAUCCGAACGGACCGGCGCGAAACCCAAGUGCGAUCCAGAGAGGUAGCACACAAUUCUUGAGUAUCCUUCCCGGUGACCCCACAACCCCAGGCUACCCAUCUAAGCCUGGAUGCGAACGACAGGAUCCCCAUAAAUCUAUUCCUUCCAUCCCAUCUCUGCCCAUCUCUUACAAUGAGGUGUUACCCUUCUUGAAGGCCCUCAACGGGCACGGCCCCAAGGCGUCCGACUACAAUGAGUGGUGGCAGGGCGGUGGUCUUGGUCAUAAGGGUGUCGAGUACAACAUUGGACCAUCACCCGAAGAUGUAGUCAUUAACCUCGACAACGAGCAGGAGUAUGUGACGACCCCCUUGUGGAACGUCAUUGGUGUGAUCAAGGGUCACAUCUCCGACGAGGUUGUCAUCCUGGGCAACCACCGUGACGCGUGGAUUGCUGGUGGUGCCGGUGAUCCAAACAGCGGAUCUGCUGCGCUCAACGAGGUUGUCCGCAGCUUUGGUGAGGCUCUCAAAGCUGGAUGGAAGCCAUUGCGCACUAUCGUCUUUGCCAGCUGGGAUGGCGAGGAAUAUGGCUUGCUUGGUUCGACCGAGUGGGUUGAGGAAUAUCUCCCCUGGCUUUCUGCAGCUAACAUCGCGUACUUGAACGUCGAUGUUGCUGCUGCUGGUACUAACUUUGAGCCUCGAGCUAGUCCCCUCCUGAACAAGGUCAUCAACGAUGUCACCGGCUUGGUACAGUCCCCCAACCAAACAGUUCGAGGCCAGACAGUCCGCGAUUUGUGGAACGGCAAGAUUGCAACAAUGGGCAGUGGUAGUGAUUUUACUGCCUUCCAGGAUUUUGCUGGCAUCGCCAGUCUUGAUUUCGGCUUUGGCCGCGGGAAGACUGACCCUGUAUAUCACUACCACUCAAACUACGACAGCUUUGAAUGGAUGGAGAAGUACGGUGAUCGUGACUUCCUCUAUCACCAAGCCUGCACAAAGCUCUGGGCUCUGACCGCCGCUCAACUGGUCGAAUCCCCUCUCCUUGCGCUAAACGCUACCGACUAUGCCUUGGGAUUGGGAUCCUACCUGGACCGCAUUAAGCCUUCGGCGGACAACCUCCCAGGGAACACACGAUUCCACUUCGCGCCUCUAGAUAGAGCCAUUCUGGAGUUCCAGGAAGUCGCAAAGGCAUUCGAUGCCUAUUCCGCUGAUUUGACGUCCCAGCUCGGUGAAGAUGUACCAUGGUAUCACUGGUGGAAGAAGGUUAGACUUUGGUUCCAGAUUCGUGCCACCAACAAGAAGUAUAAGAGCAUUGAACAAGCAUUCUUGUACCAACCUGGUUUGGAUGGCCGUGAGUGGUUCAAGCACGUUGUCUUUGCCCCUGGUAUCUGGACCGGCUAUGCUGGAGCUACUUACCCUGGCCUGGUGGAGAGUCUUGACGCCGGAGAUAUCAAAAAUGCCAAGAAAUGGAGUUCUAUCAUUCUGGGACGGAUCGAGGCGGCGACUAAAUUGUUGCAGUAG